AUGACAGUAUUACAUAAGGAAGUACAGAGGAAUCCGCAUAUAUGGCAUGUGAACAGCAUAGCCGCGUUCAACACCUCUCUCGACUCAGGAAGUUGGGAGGUCUCCCCUUAUUCAAACGGAGCCCCUCCGCCUUUCGCUGGAGCUGACACCUGGAUCCUAGAUUCGAAGUCUCAAGCUAGUCUUGCUGGUUACGAAGUAUACAAUUUCCCCCUCGAGUCCACUCCAAUGGCUGCUACAUUUUCGCAACAACAGCAACAAUCCCUAGGGACAUCGGUAUACAGCCCUACCUCCGAUGAUGAGUUGUUCAAAGCGGCUUUUGAUACCUUGCUGUCAAACGAAUACUUUGAUCCCACCACAAUAGCCUCAGGCUCGAGUGCUCCAGAAUUCAACCCGUUCGCCUUUAACUCGAACCAAUUCGACUUAUCCACGAACCCCAUGGAUUUCCUCUCUGGCUCUACUGAUCAGAACUUCCCGCUGAUCAAUAACGUCAACACUGGUGGUGACGUUGACUAUAUGACGGACCUACUCCCCGAGCUCAAUCCCUCCUUAGUCCCUGGAAGCUACUUUCAGCAGGAGGAACUCUAUCAGCCCCAGCAGUCGAUCGACUAUCAGCUUGAAUGCUAUCGACUUCCCAGCUUCGACAGCCAAUCACUAAAUUUUUCUCUUGCACUUUCCUUUUGCAUCAGUCCUCCGGUCUUCUCUACGCAUUUGUUUCUGGAUUAA